AUGUCACUUUUCGGACAACCAGCAGCACAGGGUGCAGGAGGAGGCCUCUUUGCUAAGAGUUCUUCCUUUGGUGGGCUUGGGUCCAAUACAACCACAUCUGGUUUUGGUGGAUUUGGUAAUACACAACAACAGCAACCUGCAGCUACAGGCUUGGGUGGUGGCUUCGGAAGCAAUACACAACAACAGCCUGCAACAGGAACCGGGCUUACAGGAACUGGCUUCGGCUCUACUGGUGGGUUUGGUGGAUCACUCCUUGGGGGUCAACAGCAACAGGCGCAAAAGCCACAGACCAGUGCUUUUGGAUCGCUUCUUGGAGGUCAGCAACAGCAGGCGCAACAGCCGCAGACCAAUGCUUUUGGCGGAUCGCUCCUUGGGGCUCAACAACAACAGGCGCAACCGCAGCAGUCCCAAUUCGGCCAAGCCACUAUGGUCAAUCCUCAACCUCAACAGCAAGAGCAAUCUCUCUCUUCAAGCUUAUGGUCUCCCGGUCGUGCAAUCACUGGAGUGCACCGAACAGUGCCCAUGCAGAUGACCAUUGUCAAAGAAAAGUGGGAUCCGCAGAGCCGUUCAUCUCCAUUCCGAACCUAUCUUUACAACAGCGUCGGUGAAGAUCAGGCUCCUUUCUACCAGCCUGGACCCGAGGACGACGAAACAAAAUGGGAACAGGCUCUACGUGAGCGGAAAGAUCCAAGCUUGGUUCCUGUGCUUGUCAAGGGGUUCUGGGAGCUCGGCAAGCGCGCGCAACGCCAAAAAGAUUACCUCAAUAUGAUGCAGACACGACUUCACGAAAUCAACAACUGCCUGAGCGACCUUCUUUCACGUCACGACCUGAAGAUUUCUCUCCGAAUAGCAGACUGCCGCCGUAAACAUCUUGUUCUCAGCAAGCGCUGCCUUGCCCUCGCGGCCAAGACUCAGGUUCUGCGCAACCGAGGCUACGCCAUGGACGAUGCGGAGGAGGAACUGAAGAAGAAGCUGUCACUGCUAGAGCGAUCUGUGUUCGACCCUGCGCUGAACGGUCGCGUUGAGGAGAUUUGGGCUCGUAUGCUGGCUAUUCACGAGACCUCCAAGCGUUUGAUGGCAGAGAUGAGCCGUUGCGGGACCAACACUCAGUCCAAUGGGGGGGAUGAAAUUGACGAGGACACUAUGAAGAAAGCAAAGAAGAUCCUUGAUGAUUACCAUGCACAGAUCCAGCACCUGCAGAAAGAGAUGGAGUCAGUGAAGAGAGACCUUGAAGAGGCACAGAACUAG